AUGGCACAACCGGAGGAGAAUGAUAACCUCUCACCAGCCGAUGAGACGAAUAUCUUUAUUAAUCCUGCCGACGGUCUACCCAAUCAGCAUCCAAUACAGCACAUUGAUUCCGAUGAAGAUCACAACACAGAUGCGGACACCCUCGAUGAUCUUCCCACAUCAAUUAUUGUCACCAACAUUCACUCGGAAGUGUUUACGAAUGAAGAGCUAAAGGCAGACAUGGAGAAUUUGUUCCGCACCUUCUCGGAUACUGUUACAUUUCACUGGCUCAAGAGCUUCAAGAGACUUCGUGUUAACUUUGAUUCAGCCAUUGCGGCUGCAAGUGCACGCCUGCAGCUGCAUCAGUAUCAAUUCUCCAAAUCCAUCAUUAGUUGCUACUUUGCACAGCCCGUGACACCAGUGUCUCACAAGAAUCUUCAGCCACCAGCUCCAGUGAAGCAAUUCCUUAUAUCACCACCAGCUUCACCACCCGCUGGAUGGGAACCACGAGAAGAGAAUGAACCACUUGUGAAUCACGAUCUCCUGGCUGCGUUGGCCAAUCUAACACCUGGCGAGAGUCACGAGGUACACCCACCUACAGAGAGUCAACCGGCUAUAAUUGUUCACACGGCCCUCACAGCUGGCGGAGAUGAUUCGGCUGAAGCCCAAAAACUCAAAAUAAUGCAUACCAAAUGUCCAGAGAGGCAAUCAUAAAUUCAAGGUUUUAAAGAGUACCUACACCUACAGAAAGAAGAUAUACUUUAUUAUGUAUAUAAGUAUACCAAAUGAGGUAAUUUGCAAAUUAUCUCUUAUACGUGAUUCUAUUUAUUUUGACAAAAUUCCUCAAAUUUCUCCUCUCUCUCUCUCUCUAUCUAGUCUAGUCGUACAUUAUAUAAAUUCUGGGAUAACACUAAUUUCGUUAGCAACAUAUUCUUGGAAUUUCCAUUUAAUUUAAAGAAAAGAAAUUUGACGCUGGCUGCUGCUUGAAAUGACUAUCAUUGAGAUAUUUUAUGACACUGGCGCAUCUCUAUACUUAACAAUGUCUUGCUAUAACAGCUUUGUUAUCUAUCAUUUUUCCUUUAUGUUGUAUAAAGAGAAAUUCCAUAUAGAAAACUUUAGCUAUUACCAGAAGUCUGCACUCUGCUCUGCUGCAGUUUAUGUCAGCAAUUUUCCAUUGUGCACGAGGAUAAUGUUCACUUUUUUUAUUCAAUUUAUUUUUACUUACCCAAUUUGUCUUAUAUUUUUCAUUUCUUUCACUAAAUUAGCGUCAUUCAAAAGAACUUUACACCGAAGCUCCAGAAAUGUUUUGAACGUGGAUUAACCAAUAAGCGCUCUACUUGAGUUUGUCAACCAAUCAGAAAGGACUUAUUCUUCUUCUUAUUUAUUGUAAUUUAAAAACAAGUUCAAAGCUGCGAUUUUAUUGGAUGUUCAAACAAAGCUCCACUCCCACAUUCCGUCAAAGAAAAACACAGUUCUAGUGCAAAGUUUCUUUGAAUUCAGAUUCUUUUCCUUAAAAUAUAUUUUUCCAUUAAAUAUUCUUUGAAAAAAAAUCGACUUCUAUUGUCAUCCUCUAACGUUUAAAUCUGAUGUUAUUGAUUUUUAUUUUAUGAAUAGGGGAGACCGGGGUAAAAAAAGUCAAUUUGGCAUAAAUUCUUAUCUGCAGGAUUCCCUAAGGACAAGAAAAUUUCCUCAAUAGGUCAUUCUUAUAGGAAAUUUCCUUGCCUACAACUUUGUCUCAGACCACUUUUCUCUAUCUCCCCGAGAAAUAUGAGUUUUCGAGCUUUUCCUGAACCCUUCCGCUUCUGACUUUUUUUAAACGCGGCGGGUAAAUAUAGUCACCAGUUGGCUAAAUAAAGUCGGUCGAAUUUUCCGACAUUUCCAAUGAUUUUUCACCUGAGAGAUUGAUAGUAGUUGAUAGCUAAACUUCUCACCUUUUGAUCCGCGACAAGGAAUUUCACUUUUAUACGCACUAAAACAGAGAAUUUUGCGAUUUUCUCAAACACGCCAUUUUGCAACAAAUGAAUAGAAAAUAUGCCAAAAAUUUCGAUCUCCCAUAUGAAUUACAUGGGAUGACUAGAUCUACCCCAAGGGGUAUGUUUUGAUUCAAAAAAUUGUAGAGAAAAAUCAUUAAAAGUUAUUGAAGAAUACACCUUGGCAACAUUUUCUGAAGUAACCUAGCUAGUGAGAAAAAUUAUCUGAUUGGAAAAUUGCUGAAGGAAAAGCUCGGAAAACGCGUUUUUCUCAAUACGCAAAAGUUUGGGAAAUGGGCCAAAAAUCUAUUUUCUUUUUUAACUCCCAAAGUACUGAUCGGAUAACCUCCAAAUUACUGCCAAAAAUUAUAGGUUGGUAGGGCUUUGCACCCUAAUUUUUUCCGAUUUUUCCGAUUUAUAUUUUGGGAGAAAUUGGCAUUUGAAAAUUCCAAAAUGACUAUUUUUACCCCGGUCUCCCCUAUGCAUUAUUGAUUUAAUUUCUAUUCUAAAACUUUUACAUAAAAUGAUUCUAUUACUCGUGCCACCACGACGAAUGUAUUUUGUAAAAAGUUCAAGCGGUACACAUAAUAAUUUAAAAAUAAAUCUCAAAGAAAAAAUUUGUGCUAAUUAAUUUUUGUGCAAAAUAUGAAUGUAAUUCCAAUCAAAUUAAAAAUCCAACUGCAUUAAUUGCAUAUCGUGUCAGUGCCAGCUUUUCAUCCCUUUCAAUGCCAAUAUGGGAAAUGAAUUCUCUCGAGGGAUUUCAUAGUUUAAUUGAGUAGCUUGGUGCUGACUGUGCAUAUAUUGCCAUUGUUGCGAAUAUCCUUUACUGAAGCAACCGUUUGUCUGCUCUAACGCAAUCAGUGUAAUUGAGAAGAAAGUUUAUAGAAGAUUUGGAAUAUUGUUAUAUGUCACGAUGUGAUGUAAAUUUUCCAAUUUCAAAAUUAUCACAAAAUAUGUAUUCCAUUCACCCUUUUAACUGCAAUACAAACAAAAUUAAUUGUCAUUCUUUAUGCACCAACAGAAUCAAAUUAUCGAAAAACAAGAAAUUAUAAAAUGUAACUGAUGUUCCCACUUGGUGUGUGUGUGCGCAGUAUGUUUUAAUUAUUAAACUUCCGGAAGGAUUUUACAUGAGGAAUGAGAUGAUGCAAAAAGACAAAGUUGAAUUAGAUGGGUGUGUGCAGCAUGUUUCCAAUAACACACGAAUGGAAAGUUUUAUUGCAUGCGGAUAUCAAAUUGUCCUUCACCAUGCUACAGGAAGAAAUGAGAAAUUCCUACCUUAUACAUUUCAAGUUUUCCCAUUUAAUCUGAUUUAAAUGAAGUUUUUCUUUGAAAUAUCAAGAUGCACAGAAUUUGCAAAGUAAUCCCAUGAAAUCUAUAAUGCUUGAACUACAUUUAUUAUGCAGUACAUACAAUACAACAUAAGUAGAUUAAUUUGUUCAUUAAUUUUACAAGAAUUUCUCAAAGAAGAACGGCUGUAAGGGUAAAAUUCAUAAAGGAAGAUUUUGCGAUAAUUUAACAACAACAAAGUUAUGCAGAGAAGUAAAUAAAGUAUAUCAGCUAUUCCAGUUUGAUGCAAUUACCGCAACGCAAAGCCCCAAGACUUUACGUAUAUAGGUAACCUUAUCUUGGUUCUUAAACUUUGGAAACUUUAGCAAAGUAUUUGAAUGCUUUAAACACAAUUUAAAUUUCCUUCCAACUUUACAUAAUUUGCAAAAAAAAGUUUUUCUUUCCAAAUUGUGACAAAGAAAUCUAUAAUCGUCAAUUUUAAUUAUCAAAAAAAGAAAUAAACAAAAAUAUAAAUUGAAAUAAAAAGAGAGAAUAAUGAUAAAGAAAGAACAUAUCUAUUGAUGCGAAAAUAAAAAUAAAAAUGAUUUAAAAAUACGUAUAUGUGAUAUAAAAUAGAAAAAAAUUAAAUAAAAAAAUAUUCUGUGCAUCACAUCAACUUUUUUUUUGUUAAAUGUUCAAUUCAAGAAGUUGUCUAAACACCAGAAAAAAAAUGCUACGAAAUUAGUAAAAAUCCGUAUUAAAGUAGAUAUUUAAGUACAUUAUAAAACGUUUUAUUGAAUUAUGCGAAAAGGGUGAGAGUUGAAAAAGCAUAAAGAUUAUGUCUAAGAGGAGAUGGAAAGAAAAAAAAACUUGUCUUCCGUAAAUUACAAUCAGAUAUAAGAAUAAUUUAAAGGAGAUUUAUUUUCAGUUUACUUUCCGCACCGUUUUUUAUGUUUUUAAAUAUUUUAAAUGUUGUUUAGCAAAAAAGACACGAUUUAAAAAAAAUACAGUGGCAAGUAAAUGAGGACUGGUUCAUAAAGUAGAUUUUAAAGAUUUCUUUUUCUUCUUAAAAACAUGAGUCAGUUAACAAAUAGGUCUACAUAUUUUGAGCUACACAAAACUUUAAAAAAAAUAAUUGAUGUCAGAAAAAGUAAAUCUUUUAUUUUUCUUUAAUAGGUCACUAAAUGAAAUCUGACUGAUAAAAACGAUUCAAAAACACAAUCAGUCAAAAUUUAACAUUAUAAUUUUCAAAUUUAAAAAUAAAUAUUUUUAACAAAAUCUAACUUAUAUCGACAUCAAGUUUUUGAUUCAGUUUUGGAGUAAAAAAUACCUAACAAUCCGGUGGUCACUAUAGAAAAUAUUCAAAUUAGUUAAAAUAUUCUCGAAUUAAUUUAGGAAAAUAAAUCUACAACCAAGUCUACAAAAGAAAAGCAAAAAUACUUUAUGAACAGUCCUCAUUCAAUAUUAUAAAUAUUUAGGGGAGAGCGGGGUUAAAAAAGUCACUUAAGGGUUUAGAAAAAGCUCAAAAUAUCAUAUUUCCCAAAUAGAUAAAGCGAAAUGUAUUGCUCAAUUCUUUAGGAAAUUUACUACCCUACAACUCUUUCUCAGAUCAUUUUGUUCUAUCUAGCUAGUAAAUAAGAUAUUUUAAGCCUUUUCCAAACCCUUAAGUGACUUUAUUAGCCCCGCCCUCCCCUACACGAAAAUAAUUUAACUUAUAAUUAAAAUGUUUAAAUAUUUAAACACAAGAAAGUUGGAUAUUUUAGAUGAGUAAAUUAACGAUGGAUUGCAGUAGAUUUAGCUACAAAAAAAAGUUUUAAGCUAUGUAAUAAAAAUUGCGGAAAGAUAAAAGAAAAUAUAGUAGAAAAGCGUGUUUGUAUUUUAUGAUAUCUAAAAAUAUACAUAAUACCUGACGAUGGAUUUUGAAAACAAAUGAAAAAUAAAUGUAAAUAUUCUGUUUUAGAUGCAUUCAGUUUUUACGGGGGGUGUUCAUUGAAACUGAAGGGAAACUAAAAGUUUGGAUGGUGUAUAAAUGGAAGAAGGAACAAGCAGUUAGUAUAAUAAAAUUUGACCAAUUAAUUUAAAUGGCCCAACUUUGCAUUAGAAUAGCCACAUAUUUAUUUUUUUAAAAAAAUAGAGGGUGGAAUUUUGAGAGGAAAAAGUUUAAAAGAAAUCAUUCAAUGGAUAGGCCAAUUCUAAUAGAGAGAUGUUUGCUAUUUCACGUAGUUCAUUGACGGAGCGUUUUAUGAUCAAUUUCUCCUUUUUCUUUGUUUAGUAUUAGCACUUGAUUGUAGCGUAUACUGUCUUUUCUAGAAUGACAAAAUAUUUAUCCAAAAACAAAAUAAAAAUUCUCUAUAUUCUUAUAAAAAAAAAUCUAAAAGGGAUAAACUAUAUAUUAAUGGUAAAAAAAAACUCUAUAAAUGUCACUGCAAAAUAUCCCCCUUCCUCGCAAAAUGUUCAUGGUUAAGGUGAAAAAAAAAACAAAACAGUCGUAAUAUUUAUUCAAUGUGUAAAUAAAAAACAAGAUUUAUUGAUAUAAUGUGAACAGGAAAACUCACAGAAGGGGUAUAGCGCAGCGAGUUGACACCAAAUGAGUGUGGCAAAGAGAGGAAUUUUAAAAAAGUUGAAAAAUGUAGAAAAAAUAUAUAAUAUAAUUUAUUCUUCACAUCGAAUUUCUUAGUAAUUUGACAGAGAUGUAAAAAUAUAUUUAGUCAUUAUACAUAAUUAUAUUCAAUAUAUAUUUUACAUCUUAUUUAAUAUUUUUGUUGUCUAAUAAAUUCCUCAAUUAUAUGAUAUACCAUAUAAUUUCCUUCUAUUUAAAGUAAUACACAUAAAAAAAAAGAAAAAUAUGUCUCGAUUCUGACAGAAUAUAUUAUAUACACGUUAGUUUUUUUAUAAUAUAAAAAAAGAAAUUGUUGUUAAUUUUUUAUUAUCUUCGUUGUACAUAAAAUAACAAUAAAAAAAUACAGAUGAAUGUUGAUUAUGGAAUAUUAUAAUCUCAGAUAAAUAAAUAAAAGAACAAUAGUUAUUGUUCAGAAUUGGAAAUUACAUAGGCA